GUGAGAUUAAAAAGAAUUACUGUGUUAAAUUGUGCAUGGUUCCCCAGACCAGUGGUCAUUCCCUCCAACGUCGAUGGCGCAUGAACCUCCCCACCCAAUAUAUUUUAUUGCUCUUCUCUUCUUAAAAGCAGUGUAAGGGAAAGUAGGAUUUACAAAAUAGUUGAUUAUACACAAUUACAUUUGCUGGUGUCUGUUCCAUGUUUUCCACUUUGGUUUGAAACUUUUCAUUAAAAUAACUUGUCCUCCUGAAAAUUCAAAACUCCAUUAAAAUAUAGCCUCCCAAUUAGCGCCAUAGAACCCCCUUCUGUUCUUAAGAACUGCUGUUGGUCAAGGAACAGUUCAUUUACGUUUUUCAGAAGCAGCAGAAACGCCCGUUUCUACUCAUAUUUCUAGUCUAUCCAUCAUCUUGUGAAAGUUAGACUUGAGUAUUUUCGUCUACUGACGGUGAUUGUAUUUAGCUCUGUACAGUUUUUGCAAAUAAUUUUCAAGAUGAUGCAAGGAAUGUCAUUUGCCAGUCUCAAAAAGCACACAGCGUUGAUCCCUCUAUUCGUAUGCGUGGGAAUAGGAUGUGCAGGAUCAAUGUUUUACCUUGGAAGGCUUGCCUUCAGAAACCCUGAGGUAUCUUGGAACAAGAAGGGAAAUCCUGAACCAUGGCAAGAAUAUGAAAAGAAACAGUACAAGGAGGAUCUUGGUUUGAACGAAUAUCACGUCAAUAUCAUAAAGAGCUAUAUGCAAUUUGCCAAGUACCAGAGAAGUCAGAAUAUACAAUUUAUUGAUAUGUCUUUUCAGGAUCUUAUUGAUGCAAGAUUAACCGACACAACAUUCACAAGAGAUGAGGUCAAGGAUCUUCUUCAGAAUUUGAAAGACCUAGUUGAGGGUGAAGUUGAAGCAGACCUCAUAGAUAUUUCUCACACUAAUGUCCUACUCUUCAGUCAACUUCUGAAACAAGCUGAGAAAUGGCAUUUAAGGAUGUCAGUUGACCUAUCAGAAAUACAGAACAGGGAACUGCUCGAUAAGGUUAAACUGAUGGAGGAACAUGAAAAUAAAAUCCAAGUAGAGAAAAAAAAACUUCAACCACUUGUUGAAAGCAAUGGAACUUUGGAGUUACUAAGAAUUGAAAUCGAAAGGAUCAAAAAAGAAAACGAAAAAUUGGAAUCAAAUCUACAAACGGCUGAAUUGAAGGUCUAUCUCUCCAAUAUAAAGGAACUACAGAAUGAAAAGGAACAGCUUACAUCAGACAAUAAAGUUGAAGAAACGAGUAUUCAAAAGACAGAUGAGAUCAAUUCCCCUCUAAAUGAUCACAACAUUGAAAAUAAUAAACAAGAUUCUGAGACAUUGUUAAAAGAAUAUGAGAAAAUACUGCGCGAUCAACUGAGCUUAGAAUUAGAAUCAAUGAAACAAGAAAUCAUAGCUGUACAAUCACAAUUAUCAUUAGCAGAACAGGUACCUAAGGAGUAUGUUAGUCUUCUCAGUAACUAUGACUUGUUCAGAAGGAUGAUCCUUCGUUGUGAGCGACGGGCCAUAUGGGCUUGUUUCGUCGUUAGUUAUCAGCUGUUCACAGCCUUCAAUAUUCGAACUGCCGCCGAUACAGUCGGCCUUGAGGGAGUAUCGAGGAAGCUCUUCGUUCACGUUACCGUGUUUCUACAAGGUAGGGUUUGGCAAUACAGACAGAUGACCAAGAUGCACCGUGUUGUGAAGCCUUCAAGACCCGAUAAAGCUAGGAGAUUGGGAUUUAAGAACAAACAAGGUUUCUGUGUAUUCAGGAUCCGUAUCAAGCGAGGAGGCAGGAAACGUCCAGUUCCAAAGGGUGCUACCUAUGGCAAACCUAAAAGCCAUGGAGUAAACCAGUUGAAACCUACAAGAAGUCUCCAUGCUAUGGCUGAGGAAAAAGUUGGUAGGAAGUGCAGUGGAUUGAGAGUAUUAAACUCUUAUUGGGUAGCCCAAGACGCCAGAUACAAAUACUACGAAGUCAUCUGCGUUGACCCAGCUCACAAGGCAAUCAGAAGAGAUGCUAAAGCCAACUGGAUAUGUGACCCAGUGCACAAGCACCGUGAGAUGCGUGGUAAGACUAGCGCUGCUAGGAAGUCACGAGGUCUUGGCAAGGGCCACAGAUAUUCACAGACCAAGGGAGGUUCCAGGAAGGCCGCCUGGGUGAGAAGGAACACCUUACAGCUGCGCAGAAAGCGAUAAUUUGAUCACCCUUUUAUAUCUAAUGAUUUAUUAUAUUACCUUAUAAAGUACGUAAAAGCCCCUCAAAAAAAAAAAAAAUUAACAAAAAAAAAAAAAAGGAGAAAUCCUAAAAAUCUGAGCCCUAUUAAUUACUCUGAAAAAAGAAAUGAUAUUUGAAUGACAUCUAUAUAAAAUGAUUAUUGAGUGGUACUUCAAGGCCUCUUAAAAAAAAAUGUAAUUAAAGAAACAAUUAUGCUUUAUAAGAUAAUAUUUUUUUCUUGAAACGUUUAGUUGAUGUUCUUGCAUUAUAAUUUAAAAAACAGUACAUGUGAUUGUUCAAAUAUUCAGCUUAGGUCAUUCCCAUAAAAAAUAUGGAAUAAAGAAAAAAAUGUUGAAGCCAAAUACAAUUACAGUAUAUGAUAAUCAAUUGUAAGAACCUAA